UCUCACCGCCCAUCGUCCCGAGCAGCAGCUUGACCAGCCUGUCAGGCGGCUGACACGCAGGUAGAGCCCUCGCGUGCUGCACUGUGUGAGCCUGCUCAACACGGUCUGUUUCAGACUAUCCUCCGUCGGCGCCGACGAGAUGCAUCCCCAGCUGGAGACGGACAAGCGUCUUGUGUGCGGGGACUUCAUUCAGGCCCUGAACGCCUGCCAUGCCAAUACAUGGGCCAAGUGGACAGGAGGCUGCAACCAGGUGAAGCACGAUCUAAACAUGUGUCUGAGGAAAGAGCGUGUCAAUCGCACUACCAAGAACCGUGAGGGUGCGUUGGAGCGUCGGCAGAAAACCGAGCAAGUCUGGAAGGAACUUCGCGAGGAGUGAACCAUACUGCAUCCCGUGUCCCUUGGAUCCGGCCAUGGCUUUCAUCUCACAUUGCCCUAUUUCGACAGUUCAUGGCUUUCCUAUCACCGCAAAAGCAUCCUCCCUGUACGCUCAAUAGGGUCACGCUUGGCCUUUGUCAAACUGGUGCUUCGGCCCAGUUCACGCCAAUUCUACAAACAGCUGCGAUAGUCAUGCAAGCUUAUCAUGGUUGUCUGCAAACUGUAACUGAAACGGAGC